AAUCUAGUGCCCCGUUAGACAUCAAUGCGUGUUUCAAUUUAAUCACGUCCGGAGCUCGAAAGUCAAAGAAGAAGCAGCGAAACAAGGAAGGGUAAGAAAAAAAAAAAAAAAGUCUCCGUCUUCUCUUACUUGACGAGGUGAAAUAAUGCUGACGAAAACGUUUCUCCCUACAUAUCUUCUUGUUUCGAGGUGUUGUUGGUUCUCAUCAGUUACUUCAAAGACACUACUUAAAGUGGGGGAUGUUUUAAGAGAAACAAGAGUGUUCUCAAGUGAAGAUGUUAAGGCCUAUGCUGAGGUGAGCCAUGACUGGAACCCGCUUCAUUUCGAUCCAGAAUCUGCCCGUAAAGCUGGAUUUGAGAAUCGCCUUGUCCACGGGAUGCUUGUUUCUUCCAUGUUUCCUCGUAUUAUCUCUGCCCAUUUCCCUGGAGCAGUAUAUGUAUCUCAAAGUCUGCAUUUUCGGUCACCGGUUUACGUAGGGGAUGAAAUUCUCGGACUGGUUCAAGCCACAGCUUUAAGAGCAACCAAGAAUAAGUACAUUGUCAAAUUCUCAACUAAAUGCUUCAAGAACCACAAAGAGCUUGUUGUUCUCGAUGGUGAAGCUACUGCAGUUUUACCAACCCUUGAAAUGUUGCAGCCAAGUCCUUCGGACUAACAGAAAAAUUGGAAGUUUUUCUUUUAUUUAUGUUAUCCUUUUUUUUUUUAUUUUUUUUUUCGUUUCAAUUAAAUUUGAUUUAAAACCCAACCGAAAAUAUCUAAACAACCUUUGCUGUAAAUCCUCUAAC